AUGUCGGAACAAGCACAGUCUAACGAAAAGAAACAACAGUCGGCCGCCAACCGCGCCUCCACCCGCAUGUCUACUUACAGCGCCACACCUACUCUCACACCCUCCAUCGCACCCUCACACCUCUCGGCAGCCUCGUCAACCGCCGGCGACCCCAAGUCGCAAGACAUCAAGACAUGGAAUGCCGGAUUCGAUCGCCUCGAAGACAAGCGCCUGGUCCAGCAACGGUACGCCCUCACCAACGAGAAGACUGACGACAUGAGCAAGCUGGCGCUGGGAGCAAAGCUUGACCGCGCACUUGCCCGCCGCAUGUCAGGUCAAGACGCCGUCUUCCGGCCAAAGGGCGUCAGCGAGAAGAAGGAGAUUGAGACUUAA